UGCAGAAGUGCACAGAGUUAUCAGUAUCACCACAUAGAUUGGGUAAGGAAGUUUGGUUGCUAGCCUGCAGACUUUCCUGUCCAAACAUUGGUCUCUUGUUGGGGGGGGGUAGGUUUUUUUAUUAUUAUUAUUAAACCAUUCGUUUUUCCUCUGCCACAGAAACUGACACAAGCUGAUUUAUAUGUUCCAGGGAUUUAGACAUAAUGUGUAUCACAUUACUGCAGGAAGUUUCACUGUUUAUUGUUGUUUAAACACUGGAGAAGUUUGGUGGAGUCAUAUUCUUGGCUUCUUUCUGGUGUUUCUGUUGCCAAGUAAUAGAAGACACUUCAACUAUACAGUUCUGAAUUCUCAAAUGAUGUCCACUGAUGUUCACUACUGGGCAGUUGAUGAGAAUCCUAGGGCGAAAUGUUGGAACAUUUGCCUAGUCUAACUCCAGCUAAGUGGAACGAUGACUUGAUUCUUAUGUUUAAACAAUACAAGUAUAAAUCCCUCCUUCUACCCAGGCAUCCCUUCCUGGUCCCUCCAGCCUUUGCCCCUCCACGAAAUGUUCUGGAUCUAAGAUUAAAGCAUAAAAACAACCAGUACACAGUUAAACAUUUUUUUUUACCAGGUUAAUAGCUGCAUAUCACUACAGACAAUAGUCACCUAUCCCAUUCCUUACCAGCCAGGAUGUGGGGUGGGUGGCAUGGGCAGGACCAAAUACUCUGUUUACAGAUUUCCCAUUAAUCCCAUUAAUUUGGAGCUGUUUUUAGCCCCAAGUCUCAUUCUUGCUUGCCAAUGUGCCUAGUGUUUCAAAGUCUCAAGGCUCUCAGGACAGGACAGAUCAAUUCUGUUCUCCUCUAUAUCUCAAUCUAGAUUUUAGUAGAGGCAAACCCUAGGAGUUAGGGACAGGUGGCGUGAUGGAGUCAAAAGAAGACAGAACCAUAUUUUAGUCCCGCCUGUGCUACUGACUUGAACUUGGGUAAGUCAUGUUACCUCUCUGGGUCUCUUUCCCCUAUCUGACCAACAGACUCCCAGAGUCAGGCACUCUGCUUCAGUGAUAGAACUUCCCCAUCCUCUCACCCCUAAGCGGAGCAGCUAGGGCUUUUCUAUUCAGAGAGAGGAUGAGCCAUGAGGCUACUUAAGGCAGAAAAUCCUUGAGGACCCGGAAGAACAUAGAAGGCCCCCAGGAGGGAGCUAUGCUGGCAGCCUGAAGUCAUAAAUAGUCGUUCUGUGGUUGUUAAAGGGCCGUGAACACAGCAUGCUUUAUCGUGAUGGAUGGUAGGCUUCAGCCCAGCAGAGGCUGAAUCCAAAUGGGACCUCAGGGAAAGCUGUGGAGGGGAGUGUGCAAUCACUCUUCUCUUUAAGGAGGAUCUUUGACCUGACAGGAUAGAGAACACACUACCUCCCUGGAGGUUACGUUUACCAUCCAGGCCAAGAAUGUGGUGGAUGCACCACAUGUGAUCACCUGGGGUUUCUGGGACUAGACAAAACAAAAGAGCUAAAUCCAGAGGUUAAUAGUUUGUGCCUUGAGCUCAGGUCUCAUUUAGUCUCAUGGAUUGGGUUCUGUUGGCGCUGACUUGGAGACAAGAGAUUAUUGUCUACUGUGCAGGAAGUUUAUUAGGGUGUGCUCUUACGAUCGACUCCUGUGGGGGAAGGGAAGGAAGCAGGAUUGAACAGAGGGAGCAGUUUGACUGUGGUGCAGUCACAGGAGGCUUUGGCAGAGCCCAGGGGGAGCUCUGAAGCUGGGAUGGCUGUUCUGAGUUGUUUGGAGUUGGACUAAAGGGGCCAACCAAGCCUUUGUAUCUCUGCAUGGACCAGUCAUUGGAUGUUAGUCAUGGGGCAUGACCUUGGGUAAGGCAGCUCUCCAGCCAAGGACAAUUCCUUGAGAGAGCUGCCAGCUGACAGCAGUCAACCGACAACCUCCCCAAGAGCUGGGGCCUAGGUUCUCCUGUCCUGAAAGGGGACUAGGCAUGACAGUGCAGCAUUUGCAACAGUGCACCCAUUGUGCUGCACAGAUCCACUUGCUUCUUUUUCAGUUCUGAAAGCAGCACCUUUAGGACCCUGGUGGACGUCUUUUCCUGUGGGAAACUUAUAAGAGGAAAGUUAGUGCGACAAAGUAUAGCUCUUGCUGCUGCUGCUAUUGUAGCUCACCUUAAGGUGUAACGGACAUACUCAUCAUUUCCCUCCUCUCCUAUCCAUCCUAGAUUCCUCUCACCCUCUGCUAGCACCUCUAGGUGGCUUAUGGUGGGGUGGCCCAGACCUCCAUCCCUGAGGGGGGUGAGCCACUGGUUGCCAUAUACUUCUCAGGCUGUGGCUACUGUUUUUGUCCAUUUACUGUAAAAUAGGCCAAAGGAGAACUAAGAGACACCCAGGUGGAUCAUGUGGGUGCCACAUCAUUCCAUUUUACUACUGGUGAAAAACUGAACAAUCUUAGUGCUUCCCUGUGCUGAAGGCUACGUAUGCUUCUCCUCUACUGGGGAUGGGGUCCUCAUUAUUACCUGGGCAGCGGGUCCAGCUCCAAAAUCCCAUCUUAGCAUCUACUCUUUCCUGUUGUCCCUGGCACAAGCGGUUGCAGGUUGGGUUCUCUAGGAAAUACUCUUGAGUUGCAGGACAUCUAUUGAGGAGUGCUCUUGGGACCCCCAUCUGUGGAGGGAGAGAAGGAAGCAGGACCUGGCAGAGGGAGAAGUUGGGUUGCAGUGCAGCCACAGGGGGACCUCAGCAGACCCCUAGGGAGCUCUGAAGCUGGGAUGUCCCUCUAGAGUUGUUCAAGUUGGGCUGAGGGAGCCAGGUUUUUUACCUGCAUUGAUCAGUCACUGGAUGCUCGCUGCCCUGGGUAGGUGUGAUCUUGGGCAAGGGGCUCUCUUCAGCUAGUGGCAGGGUUGGGGUGGAGGGAAAGGAGUAGGUCCUUCAGUCCUGAAGGGGGAAUCUGGGCAGCACAGCAUCCAUAACAGUUUGUAUCCUUCAGCUCCACCAAUCAGUGUGAUCUUGGCAUUCACAAUAAAGAGUUUUCAGUCUGGGAUGGAGGGAAGGUAGAUGGACCCUGUGCGCCAGGCAUUGAUAUGCUCCCCUCACAGGACCUUAAAUGCUGAUGUGCUUUAUUCCUUCAAACUCUCACCAUUCUCUACCGAUACGAAAAUGGAGGAAAAGGAUGCAUUUUAUAAUAGAAUUAAUUUGGUGUCUGGACAGAAGCCUUGCCAGACUGGAGGAGGAAACAGGCGAUCUAUCACAAGGCGCUACCUGCAGGAGAUGCCUUGAUGUUGAGAGUUACAGUGAAUGGGAUGACACUUUGCAUUUCCUCUGUCUCAGCCACUACAACACAAGAUUUAUCCAACCGGAAACCUGCCCUGGUUUAUUGUCUGGGUAGAGCCACAGAAACAGCUGAAUAAGCUGGGACCUCCCAGUUUACCAUGGAAAUCUUUGCACACUAAUAGGUGCCUGAUUACUAUUUGCUGAAGGUACGAACACAGGAGGCUUUGCCUUUCGGUUUCAUCAGAGUGGGGAUGACAAUAGGACCUACUACAUUACAUUGUUUUCUAUUUCUUCUAGAAUUUAUUUUUGACACUUUAUACUUUCCCAAAAUUGUCCACUCCAUCUGCUUUUUAAAUCCAAGUUCCAAGAGGAUAGAGCCCUUGCUUGUUUUGUCUACUGUUGUGUCCCCAGCAUCAGCAAAAACCACAGAGCGGGCUUCCAGUAAAUAUUUGCUGUAUGAGUAAACGUGUCUGGGGGAGGAAGAAUUAUUUUGGAAAAAAAAAAGAAGGAAGAAUUAAUUCCUCUCCUAAUCGUGACUUAUUUUUUUUAAAUAAAUUAAUUUAUUUAUUUUUGGCUGUGUUGGGUCUUCGUUGCUGUGCGAGGGCUUUCUCCAGUUGCGGAGAGCGGGGGCCACUCUUCAUGGGGGUGCGCGGGUCUCUCACUAUCGUGGCCUCUCUUGUUGCGGAGCACAGGCUCCAGACGCGCAGGCUCAGUAGUUGUGGCUCACGGGCUUAGUUGCUCCGCGGCAUGUGGGAUCUUCCCAGACCAGGGCUCGAACCCGUGUCCCCUGCAUUGGCAGGCAGAUUCCCAACCACUGCGCCACCAGGGAAGCCCGUGACUCAUUUUUUUCAGGCCACCCUUGGCCUUUUCUUAUUCAAAACAUCCGUGAAAAAAGUGCAGUUCCAAAGCAGUUGGCGCGGUUGAUAUAACAGUAUUUGAAAACACCAUUAUCGGGAGCGCAGCAGGGCAUCUGUGCUCUUGUAUGAACUAGCUAUAAUCUUCCUCCGUGGACCACUCACAUCUUUGAGACACCCUCCUCUGGGCUUCCUCCACCGUCUCCAUUUCAGUUUCCCAAGAAUGGGUGAGGAACCCACUGUGAGCCAGGCGCUGUGCUAGUCCGUAGAAGUUUUGUUUUUCUGCACCAAAAUUUUCACAUACUGCAUUUUCCAGGGUCCACUGGGGACCUUGUGACCGCACUGCAGCGCAACGUCUGGGCGGCGUUGUCGCAGCGUCCCCUGGGGGCCAGCCCGAGAUCUCCCCGCCGCCCGCGGUCGGCCCGCAGUGCUCCGGCUCCCGGAGGGUUCGAAACAGUUGGGAGUUGGACUGACUCCAGCCUCGGUUCCGGGAGACCCUCCUGAUCGGCCUGCCGUCCCAGGGCCAUGAAGAAGGCCGUCCACAAAAGCGUUAAAGAAAGACAAAUCGGCCUCAAGGUCAAACCAUCUGUACACAACUUGAGCAAAACUCAGCAGACCAAACUCACUGUGGGAAGCCUGGGAUUAGGCCUGAUCAUCAUCCAGCAUGGGCCCUACCUUCAGAUCACCCACCUCAUUAAGAAGGGGUCUGCAGCCAGGGAUGGAAAACUCCAGCCAGGUGAUGUUUUGAUUAGCGUUGGCUAUGCCAAUGUGUUAGGAUAUACUCUUCGAGAAUUUUUAAAGCUUUUGCAACAUAUCACCAUAGGAACAGUGCUACAAAUCAAGGUUUACCGAGAUUUUAUUGACAUACCCCAAGAGUGGCAAGAAAUAUAUGACUUAAUCCCUGAGACCAAAUUCCCAAUUACACGCACAACAAAGAAAACUGAGGAGGCAAAAGAUGACUCUUUCACAAGCAGUGAUGACGAUGAAGAUGCAGUUUUAGAUCAAAGACUUAAGUACUAUAAAUAUCCACGGUCCACUGGGCAUUACCCUGCAAGGAGACCAAUGUCUAUCUCCAGAGAAUGGCAUGGAUAUAAAAAGAAGAACUGUACUAUUAGUGUAGGAAAAGACAUUAACUGUGAUGUGAUGAUUCACAGAGACCACAAGAAAGAAGUGAGAGACCCUUCUCCAUACUGGACAAUGGUGAAGCAAGGCAAUGAAAGCUCCUCCUCCUCCUCGGCCUCCUCUACCUCAGAUGCAUUUUGGCUCGAAGACUAUGCCCAUGUUGAAAAGGGCAAGAGUGAACCUGUAUCAAAAGUUGGUUAGGCAGCAGUUUGCAAAUCUGUGACCACAGGAGCAUUUGUCUUGAAAACACCCAUUUUUUGUGCAUUGCCAUGUAUACGUUUGCUAUACUUACAGGAAUAUGUGCAGACUUAACAUUUCUCUUUCACGAGUGUGUUGUAAAGCCUUUAGAGACCUUCUUCAAUGUGAUAUCCAAAGACUUCCUUGAGGUUUCACAGGCCUCACAAUUAUUCAGAUCCUUAAGACCCUCCUUUCUGAGAAGAAUGUCUCAUCUUUUAGAAAAUGCAGCAGAGGAACCCAGUAUCAGAAUGUGUAAACACAGUAGAGAAUUUUACUCUUUAAGGUAUCACAUUUUACUUUUAGUUUCUGGUUUGUAAACUUCAAGUGCCCUACCUAAAAGAAAUGAGAGAUUUUUGCCUAGUUGUUCACAUUAGUUUUUUUCCCCCUUUUCAGCCCCACUUUUACUUUUUUUAAAAAAAUGUUUAUUUAUUUAUUUGGCUGCACUGGGUCUUAGUUCUGGCAUGUGGGAUCUUAGUUGCGGCAUGUCGGAUCUUUCAUUGUGGUGUGCAGGCUCAGUAGUUGCAGCACAAGGGCUCUCUAGUUGUGGUGCAUGGGCCCUAGAGCACUCAGGCUUAGUUGCCCCACAGCAUGUGGGAUCUUAGCUCCCCGACCAGGGAUCGAACCCGUGUCCCCUGCAUUGGAAGGUGGAUUCUAAACCACUGGACCACCAGGGAAGUCCCCCUACUGCUACUUUGAAUGUUGGGUUGAUAGUUAAUUACUUGAAAGAGAUAGGACAGAAACAGAUGAGGGAGAAGACAAGGAAAAAAACCCACAAAAUUCUGCCACAGUGAAGAUAAACAUAAAAUGAAGCAGUGCGAAUACAGGAUAUGACUGGUAGGGAAUUUAUACUUUUCACAAAUAACUCUUUCGCAAAAAAAGGCAAAAAAGGGGGUAAAACCCAGACCAUCUAAUUAUUCUUACCCAAGAAGACAGACUUUUAACUGCAUUUAUCUUAAAAAGCCACCAAAAACAAUCUGGAAAUAGUUACUCUGCUAGCCACUUAGCCUUAAUUUUUAACAGUUUCUCAUGCUUCUGUACUUUAUUAUUAUAUUCCUGUUCUCCUUUAAAGCAUCUAAAACAAAAACUCAGCAUAUAACAAAUACUUGUUGAUUAACUGAUUAGGAAAAACGCCAAGAAAAACAUUUAAACAGACUGUUUUAUUGACUUUAGGUCAGCUGGGAACAAUUACCUGCAUUUAUGCUUUAUGAUAUUUCAAUUCAUUGGAAAAAAAGAUAAA